AUGGAGCAGUCGCCGGACGGGCAGAUUAGCUCCAUCGACGAGCCGGGGGUCAAGGCAGAAGGGCAGCUUCUGUAUUCGAUGCGCAAAGAAGUGGCCGAGUUGCUGGGGAGGCACCAGACGGGCUUCCCGGGCGCCCAGCCCGUCAGUUUCGCACGGACGCACCUGGACGAGAUGACGAAGCAAGAUUACUACGUGUGCGAAAAAUCGGACGGCAUCCGCUAUCUUCUGUACUUGACGGAUGACGAGGCCGGCGGAGAGGCGCACUACCUGAUUGACCGUAAAAACGACUACUGGUUCAUCACCAACCGCAAUCUCCAUUUCCCCCUCGUUAAUGACCUGAGCGCUUUCCACACGGCGACCCUCGUGGACGGCGAGCUCGUGUGGGAUAGCCUGGCAAACGGGAAGAAGCAGCCAAGGUUCCUCGUCUUCGACUGCUUGGUCAUGGAUGGAAACAAGCUAAUGGAUCGGACUCUCGACAAGCGCCUGGCAUACUUCAAGGAGCGCCUCUACACGCCCUACGAGAAGCUCUUCGCUGAGUUUCCAGACGAGCUCCAGUUCCAGCCUUUUUUUGUCGACAUGAAGCCCUUUCAGCUGGGAUAUGGCAUUGAGAUGAUGUUCAAGCAGGUGCUGCCGAGCCUGAAGCAUGGAAACGAUGGGCUGAUUUUCACGUGCCGCAACACGCCGUACAAGCAUGGCACAGACCCUCACAUCCUCAAGUGGAAGCCGCCAGAGGAAAACACAAUCGACUUUCGACUCAAGCUCAUCUUCCCAACCGUUGAGCCCGAGGAGUGGGAAAGGAGAGAAGGCAUCACCGAGCCGUUUGUCGAUUACGACAGCGUCCCCCGGGCCGAGCUGUUGAUAUUUCAGGGAGACAGCGGCCCGAAUCGGUACGAGGCCUUCUCCGACCUCUACCUGACUGAAAAGGAGUGGGAGACGCUCAAGGGCCUCAAUGACCCGCUCAACGACCGCAUCAUUGAAUGCAACCAGGACGACCAAGGGCGGUGGCGAAUGCUCCGCUUCCGCGACGACAAGUCAGAAGCCAACCACCGGAGCACCGUGACCAGCGUCCUCGAGAGCAUCAGCGACCGCGUGUCGGAAAAGGACCUCUACCGGGCGGCCGGGCGGAUCCGAGACAGCUGGAAGGCCCGCCAGGCGCGCGCUGACCAGGAGAGCAGGCGUGGGCGGUAG